AUGGAGGGCGGGGCGGCGGCGCAGAGCCUUGUGAUCAAUGUUGGGCAGCUUGUGGGUGAGGAGUUCCGGCAGCUCCACGGCGUGGGCGGCGAGGUGGCACGGCUGAGGAACGAGCUGGCCACCAUCAACGCCCUCCUCCGCAUGGAGUCCGAAGCCGACGAGGACGUAGUGGACCACUUCGUCCGGGAGUGGAUGAAGCAGCUGCGGGAGGUGGCUUACGACGCACAGGACUGCGUCGACCUCUACCUAUUCCGCGUCAGGUCCCGGCAGGGUGUCCGCUGUUUCGUCCGGUGGAAAAGGCUCCUUGGCACCCUUUGGGCUCGCCGUCGCCUCGCUGGUGACAUCAGGGACCUCCGCGCCCUUGCUUCCGCCAUCAACGAGCAGCAUGCUCGCUACGGCGUCAGCCUCGAGCCGCUGCGCCGCACGGCUGCUGCUUCGGACCCCGCGCAGGCAGUGGCGGCGUCGGCACGGGCGCUCCGCCCAGCUGACCACCACCACCCCAGCAACCAGUUCGUCGGCAACAGGGCCCAGGCUACCUACCUGGCCAACAAGGUGAAGGCGCUAAAGAGUGACGAUGAGAAUGACAAGCAGCUCAAGGUGUUCUCCAUCGUCGGCUUCGGCGGGCUCGGCAAGACUACGCUCGCAGUGGAGGUCUGUCGGCAGCUGGAGACGGAGUUCCAGCGCCAGGCGCAGGUGUCCGUGUCCCAGACAUUCAGCGGCAAGGACCUCCAGGGAUUGCUCAAGCGCCUUCUUCUGCAGAUCGCGCUGCCGAGGACUACGGAUCUCCUGGUCAACAUCGACACCAUGAAUGCGGACGACCUGGAACGCGAGCUCGGAGAGAGGCUCAACAACAACAGGUACCUCAUUUUGAUCGAUGAUGUAUGGAGCAUAGCAGCUUGGGAUGCGAUCCGGUCGAAAUUACCAAGCAGCAACUGCGGCAGCAGAAUCAUUGUGACCACCCGGAUAGAUACCGUGGCAAAAGCAUGCAGUGAUGCCAAUGACGAUUACAUCCAUCACAUGAAGAAGCUAAACGAUGAAGACUCGGAGCAGUUGUUCGUCAGCAAAGCAUUUGGCAUUGGAAACACUUGCCCCAAGGAUCUGGAAGCUGCGAUGAGAAGUAUCUUGAAAAAAUGUGGCGGCCUACCAUUGGCCAUUGUUAGCAUUGCCAGCCUCUUGGCAAGCUAUAAACCUCCAGAAGGCAAAAGAAUGUGGGAAACAGUUCAGAAGUCAAUCGGUUCACAGAUGGAGACCAACCCUACCCUCGAGGGGAUGAGGCAAAUACUCACACUGAGCUACAACCACCUACCCCAUCACCUCAAGGCUUGCAUGAUGUACCUUAGCAUUUUCCCUGAGGAUUAUAUCAUUGUAAAAGACCGGCUGCUCAAGAGAUGGAUAGCUGAAGGACUGGUCGCUGAGAAGCGAGGACUGACCCAGAUGGAGCUUGCGGAAGGCUACUUCAAUGAGCUAAUGAGCAGAGGCAUCAUUGAUCGGGCCACCAUACUCGUCACCUUGCGUGAAGGGAGGGAAGAGGGGUGCCGAGUGCACGACAUGAUGCUUGAGAUCCUAGUGUCCAAAUCCCUGGAGGCUAACUUUGUUAGCCUAAUAGGUCGGCAGUACGAGGGGACCAUGUCUUAUAGUGCUAACACGAUCCGCCGCCUCUCCAUACAUGGUGGAGUUGAGGCACACACGGACGACGGCUCUUCAUCGGCUACUGUGGCAGCGCGCCGCCGUGGUGUCGCGGGGAUUGGUGGUGGUGUCACAGGAAUGAUCGUGCAGCAUGUCCGAUCGCUGAGCAUAUUUGAUCCUGAAGCGCACAAUAAGCUGCUCUCUCGACUGGACGAGUUCGCCCUGCUCAGGGUACUAGACCUGGAGGGCUGCAAGGGCCUGGGAAGGAAGCACAUGAGUUGUAUCUCCCGGAUGUACCUUCUAAGGUUCUUGAGCUUGAAAGGUACAGAUAUCAAGGAGAUGCCUCCAAGAAUUGGCGAUCUUGAACAUCUGCAGACGCUCGAUGUACGUCAAACCGACCUCAAGGACCUGCCUACAACAGUUAAGAAGCUAGAGAAACUGGAGCACCUGCUCUUCUCUGGUAAGGGUGAGUCGUGGACAGGUUGGAUGCUGCCCCAAGGGAUAAAAAAAAUGAGGGCACUGCGCCAGGUGAACAAAGCAGUGAUACACGACCCUGCGGUCGCCGAGGAGAUCGGUGAGCUGGAUCAGUUGCAAGAGCUAGCUAUCUAUGUUGACACGAGAGAAACAGCAACCAGAAUAGAUCAGAAGAAGGUUGCCGAGAAGCUUGCCUGCUCCCUGAGCCAGAUGUACUCCCUGCGAUGGCUUGACAUGGGCAAUUUUGGCUGCGACAAAUGGCCUUUUGUUCCGAUCAUGGACUUUUUGCAUCAAGUAGAGUCACCGCCACGGUUGCUCCGGUACCUGAAGAUCUGUGGCUGCAUCAGCAGAUUGCCAGACUGGCUGCAGUCACUCACUGAUCUCGUUGAAUUUGACAUAGGGUGGACGUACCUUAAUGGCGUCCAGUUAUUCAACGUCCUCUGUAAGUUGCCCAGCCUACAGAGGCUAUACCUAGGGCCAUACUUCAUUCGGAAAGGAGAAGAUAUGGUUGCACGCAGCAGCCAGUCUUUCCCAGAGCUCAAGGAACUCACUCUGGGCUAUUCUCCUGAAGUUCCUCCAGUUUACAUAUUUGAGGAAGGGUCCAUGUCAAAGCUAGAGACUCUAGCGGUGUAUAUCGGCGACCAACCCAAGGAAAUUGUUGGCAUCCAGCACUUGACGAACCUCAAAGAGGUGUACUUCAAUGGUUGGAGAGACAAACUGAAACAUGCAGUGGAGCAGGUAGAGGAGCUGAAUAAGAAGCGAGACGUGUCCGAACAGAUAACUAUUAGAGUAAAGUAUGAGGACACGACGAACUGA